UUGUAGUCUUGGCCACGUCCCCGAGCCACGUCGCUCUCUACUCGCCAUUUUCCCCAUCUUCUGGAGCUAGAAUCGUACAAUUUAGUGUCACGUUGUUACCUAAAACCGAGGAAUAAACAUUUAAUCGUCACCGGAGACGAACAGAAGCCUUCGAAAGAGCCUCGGGUCGGUUUGAGAGUGAAGUCGCUCCCCCAGAAACAUGAACGUUUUCAGGCUGACCGGCGAUCUGUCCCACCUCGCAGCCAUCAUCAUCCUGCUGCUGAAAAUAUGGAAAACCCGGUCCUGUGCUGGUAUUUCUGGGAAGAGCCAGGUUCUGUUUGCCUUGGUGUUCACCACCCGCUACCUGGACCUGCUCACAUCCUUCAUCUCCCUCUACAACACCACCAUGAAGGUCAUCUACAUCGGAUGUGCGUAUGCCACCGUGUACCUGAUCUACAUGAAGUUCAAGGCCACGUACGACGGGAACCAUGACACGUUCAGGGUGGAGUUCCUGGUGGUUCCGGUCGGCGGACUGGCUUUCUUGGUCAACCACGACUUCUCUCCUCUGGAGAUCCUGUGGACGUUUUCCAUCUACUUGGAGUCUGUGGCCAUUCUCCCUCAGCUCUUCAUGAUCAGCAAAACCGGUGAGGCGGAGACCAUCACCACCCACUACCUGUUCUUCCUGGGACUCUACAGAGCCCUCUACCUCUUCAACUGGAUAUGGAGGUUCUACUUUGAGGGAUUCUUUGACAUGAUCGCCAUUGUGGCCGGAGUAGUGCAGACCAUCCUCUACUGCGACUUCUUCUAUUUGUAUGUAACAAAAGUACUGAAAGGAAAGAAGCUGAGUCUGCCAGCCUAAGUGCCAAAGAGGAACGUUUCUGCAAACUCGAGACGGGGGACUGGAGGGGAAGAGGAACAGUCGCGGACGCCUCUGAAACCAACCACCCCUCCCUCUGCAUCACCACUUUCUCCUCUUCCCCUCCAAACCCGAGUAAGAUGCCUGAGACAGAGAGCGAGCAGGAGCCGCCGGCUGCACCUUCAUCUGAUCCCGAAUCAGUGGAAUCAGAACUCCUGCAGAGGCUGGUCCAUGCCUUUGGGAUUUCUGUUUGAUGCAUCUUGCCUUAACUUUUUUUUAUUGCUCUGUAUAAAGUCAAAUAUGAGUGCAGAAGAUUUUCUACAUAAAAAUGUGUAACUCUUAAGAUUCGACACAUUGAAAAGAAUAAGAGCCGAAGAUGUAAAACUGCCUGUGAUUUGGCACUGUGCGAUAUUGAAGCGGACUUCAUGUGGUGGGUUAGUGUUGAGCGUUUGUAUUAGUAUUUGCAAUCAAAAUACAUGUGCAUUGUUUUUCAUGAAUUAAUUUCAGGAGGGAUUUGUAAAAUCCUCAUAAAUAUGGUGGACAAAUUGUUCAUGUUUUGCUCUUCUUUUUUUUCUCCUUAAGCCAGAACAUUUUCCCACCUAUAAAGCUUCCCAACACCCUUUUGUAGGAUACAAAUAUGAUUAACCUUAACCUUUUUUUUUUUUUUUUCUAAAAAAAUAAAAAAUCUGGGAUCUUGGAUUCGACACGGUAGGUUUGUUUUUGUUCAGAUGUCAACAGAAUUUGAGUGUGGGUCACUUUACUUUGAUUUUCCAUAUUAAAAAAAAUCUUAUGUGGAGUAAAGAAGGAAAAAAAAGCGUAAGUUUUACACUCAUCUGUAAAUUAGUUAUUACCAAGCAAGCACGUCACAUCACCUGUAAUUACACAACAUUGCCAGGCUCCAUUUCAAAUGUUUAAGAUGCAUAAACUGGUAAUAUACUGUAUGUGAAGCCUCACUACAGGUUGUUUUUUUUCCUUUAAAUGCAGAUGUAUUUAUUCAAUUUUUUUUUUCUUGCUGAUUUCCAAUAAAUGGGGUCCGUAGAAUUGUCUACAUGUUGUGCAUGAUUUUAAACCUGAAGAAGAAUCUCCUCGUUGGACUCCAAGAGAACCAGCAAAAUCCUUCAAACAUCAAUCUUUUCUAGACGCAUUUGCUUUGUUAGGCUUUCCAUGCACAUCGUUUCAAGUUGGGUUUUUUUGUUUUGUUUUGUUUUUAUUUCUCACCAGAGCUUCUGCAUGAUGUUGCCACCAUAAAUAAAAACUUAAUGGGAAA